AUAAGAGCUAUUCGUGAUACUUCCGAGAUAUUAAAAGGAAAAAAAUAUUUUAAUAAUGCAGUGCCAGAACCUUAAAGUUAUUAUUCACAUGCUGUCAUGUUAUAUUUACCUUUUAAAUAAUAUUAUUAGUGUAAGAAAGCACAAUAAUUGUUGUCAUUGUGCUAGUGAUUUUUCUUUUCUUUUUAAAAAAAGUGAAAGCCGGCAACGUGUCAGGGUCAGCAAAACGUUACAGAUAAAAUCUGGCUGAUCUCCCUUCUACAUUUACAAAGAGUCUGCGCAUGCGCGCGCUGCCACGACAGGCCGUGUUGUGCGUCUCUAUGGCAACAAUUGUUACAUGCUACUUUGAAGCUGAGGCCAGCAGAGGAUUAGAGCGAGCUGCUCUCUAAUGUACAGGUGCGCGAAGAGACCAGAGAUCUCUUGAAUAUAUAGGCCGGCUAAUGAAUUAUCAUUCAUUAUUUUUGCACUUAACGCGAGGCAUCACCAUACUAAAGUUUUGGAGGAGAAAGUGAAUAGAAAAUGAGUGAUUCUGCAGUCCAGAACACUCCAGAUGAGUAUGAGGAUGACUUUGAGAAAGACCUGGACUGGCUUAUCAGUGAGGAGAGCAAGAGUGAGGAACAGGAUCCUGACGAUGAUGACAUUGAAGCUCAGAUAGACAAAGAGCUUGAAGAAGAUGUACACAAACACAAGGAAAUGGCUGAUGAAGAAGCGUAUGAAAGGUGGCCAACGCCCAUGGAGCCAUUAGAGGGUGCGUUAGAUCCUGACAGGGACGACAUUGAAACUUCCCCACAUUUACAGAACGACGAAGACCUCGAUGAAGAAAAGAAAUAUAUUUUGGAUAAGAUUCAAGAGGCUAACAAACAACUCCAGGACCAGGAUCCACCAGACCAUGGCCGGCGCAGACGACUGCAGUUUAAAGACACUCUGGUUGACCUGGUGGUGCCUGCACAAGAGUUUGAUGCUCAAGAGAACAAUGAUGCCUCAUGUAGGGACUUAGAGGAAGAGCAAGAGGUGUCAGGACAAAUGGAGAGACUGAAGAUCUCUCCAAAAGAGGAGAGUGGGAUUGGAGAGCCUGAGGAUGAACAUAAUGAGGGAGUGAAGGAAGGACGGGUUUUGGUUGAAAAAGAUGGAAAGUUUGAUCUGGUGAGUCUAAAGGAGGUGGAAAGUCAAGGGUUGCUUCCUCCCUUGCCGGUUUCUCACAGCGACAAUCAGCGAGCAUCUUCACGGCAAAGUGAGUCUGGUCUCCAUCUCGGCAAGAGUCCUGUCUCCUCACCGAGGCAAAAUUCUAGCUCACCUUUCCCCCCUGGCACUGAGACGCUAUACAUUCCCAAACCUCCACCGAAGCACCGAAAUAGACCUAGUUCUGCAAGACCGUCCCAAAGGGGAGCAUGGGUUCAUGGCAACAAGCGCAGGGUCCAGUCUGCAAAUGGAGCUCCUUCUCAUGCCACUUUCACUCUGUCAUCACAGCAGAAAGAAUUACUGGCCAAACUUCAGCAGCGGAGAGAGAGGCAAGCGAAAGAGGAUGAGCUGAAGAAAAAAGAGGAAGAGGAACAGAAGCGUCAGGAAAAUGAGUUAGCCUUCCGAUCAUGGCUUAUGAGGAAAAGAGAACAGCUGCUGGAGGAGAGGAGAGUUCAGAAAGCCCAGGAAAUGGAAAGGAUGAACUUUAGGAGAGACUGUGGUGAUCCAGAGGAGGCCUAUAAAAAUUGGCUCCAGAAAAAACAGGAACAGCAGUUCAAAGACAAGCAGAUAGAGGAGAUGAAGAGACUGGAAAAGGAGAGCGGCUUUUGUCUGCACAGCCGAGAGGAGAGUGAGAAGGCCUUCAGAGAGUGGCUAAAACGAAAGCGUACAGAGAAAAGAACAGAACAGCAGGCAGCUCGCGAGCGCUCGCGCAGACUCAUGCUGGAAGAGCGCAGAGCGAGACGCAUGCAUGACCUCCACUGCACUGUCAAUGAGAUCAAACCCUUUCGAUUCAGUGACCCCUAUGGAUACCGCUACUGAUCACCUCAUAACAUACACACCUGACCGUUGUUACAACCAGGAUCUAAACUGAAGGUCCUCAAGUUCAGCAAUCACUGUUGUUACUGCUUCAAGAGACACCUAUUCAUCUGUAUCUAUUACUGUUCUAUUGAACUUCUCAAAGUUCCGUCGUCUCAUCUCCAUGAUACAGUGGAUGAAAGAACAUGUGGUUAGGAACACAACAGGAGAUCUCUUUUAUUAAUUUUCCAUUCAUCCUUUUUCAAUAUACUGAGAUCAAACAGGUGCUUGAGUGGAUAUCCCUGUUCCAACAGCUUUAGGCACUUAAAAUAAUUGCUACUCCAAGAUGAUUUAAUGGAGUUUUGCGUAACUGCUGAAUCACCAGAUAUUCUCAUUUUUUGUUUAGCUGGCCAUCCUGUAGUGUGCUACACAGCUGCUGCAGUCUGCAGGGACAAUAUUAAUGCAGCAGUUCAGGCCCAAAGCUACAGAUCUAUGAUCUGUAUGUGGGCAAUUGACAUAAAAUGCUUUGGAAAAUGUCUAUAAUUUAUCUAAAACUAUUUUAAAUAGCAUUUGUUUAAUCAUUAUUUUACAUGGAUCUUUUAUGACAUCAUUUUAACUGAGAAACUAUGAAAUAUAUUUACUUUUAAAAUAUAUUUAAUAAUUACAGGAUCAUAAAAAAAUCUAGGAAAGGCAAAAUAGUUUUUUAAAUAAAAAAAGAUAUACACUUUGCCUUACUGAAUGUUGAUGAAAAGCUUAUAGACAGUCCUUGUCUGAUGUGCAUGAUGUGCAUUUUUUUUUUUUUUUUAGAUAUAUUGAUAUUGUACUUAAGGUAAAAGUUUAACAUAUUUACAGAAAUCAAGACAGAUCUAAAAAUAAAAAUAAUUUUGAAAAACAAUCCCAAAACCUUCCUCAAAAUAAAAAUAUAAAACAAAAA